ACCUUGCUUGUCGCUUUUGUGGGGGUGUUAGGGUAUAAUAUACCUCUACCAAUCAUUUUGAUACCAUAGGGUCUUGUGGUUUUAGAAUUUAAGCCAGUGACUUCAAUAAUUCAAGUUAAUAUUUUUGGGUAUUGAUUGUAUAAAUAAAAUAAGUAUGGACAAAGAAAAGAAGAUUGAAAUCGGAACCUCCUCACUGGUAGAUCUGAAAGCUGAACUGCAUAGAAAACAGCAGGAGUCGCGCAACUUACACCGCGGUUCCGACCGGCCGACCGCCGCCGGCACCUCCGGCACCUCCGGCAAGUCCAAGAUAUGGUCCAAGACGAGCACGGCACGCGCCUCCGGCAAGACGGCGGUCUGGUCCAAGUCUAAUGCCGGGGUGGAGAGGCGCGACCAGCGGGACCGGGAGGAGACGGAGCAGGAGACCAAGGACCUGGACCGAUCCAGGACUGUGUUGGAGGCCAAGGCGAUGAUUUACGACCGUCUACAGACGGGCACAGAAGCUCUGGAAGAUGACUCCACCAAUGAGCAGUUUCUAGUCAACUUCCAGCAGAAGGCCAUUGAUGAUGUGACUCGCCGCCGCCAGCGCCGCCAGGCGGCCGCGGAGGGAAGCUCCGCCGAGCCGCCGCCUCCGCCAGCCGCCUCAGCCGACGAGGAAUGGGUGGAGUUUACUGACUCGCUGGGCCGGUCUCGGACCGUGAUGCGUCGUGACCUGGACGAGUACCGCCGCCGGGACCAGGAGAGCCGGAGAACGGGCGACGAAUCUCAGCAGCCGACUCCGGAGCUGAUGUCGGAGGACCAGCGUCGCGAUCAGCAGCGUCAGAUCUGGGAACAGCAGGAGCUGGAGAACGCGGCUAAACGCGACAUCCACUACCAGGACGUGCUCUUCAACGAGGCGCGCGCGCAUGGUGCCGGCUACUUUGCGUUCUCGCAGGACGCCGACGAGCGCGCUCGCCAGAGAGCUGAGCUCGACGAGCUGCGAGGUCAAACAGAGAGCCAGCAGACCCGCGCCGAGCUCGCGCGCAAACGCAAAAACAAACAGCUCAAGGAGAGACUGCGCAAAGUGCGCGAACGCAAACGGCUUCGCCUGGGCCUGCCCAUCGAAGACCGUCUGGAGAAGGCCGAUGACUCUGAGGAGGACGCGGCCGAGUCGGAGUCCGCACCGACUCCGGCCGCCGCCGCCGCGCUGACUCCGGAGCAGAUCGCCGAACGGCUCCAGGAGGAGCGCAGGGAGUACGAGCGGAAGGCGUUCGUGCGCGACUGGGACCGCGGCAAACAGGGAGUCGCCAAACACAGCGUGCUGACCCAGGAGGAGUGGGUGGAGCGCCAGCGGAAGGAUCGGCCGGCAGAGUUCGCUCCGCCCACCCAGUACGAGCCCCGCGGCUCAGCUCGGCGUGGUGGCGGCCCCCGCCGGCCCGAGACGCGGCCGGCACAGGAGAGUUCUGCCAACGAGCGACCGGUCGGCGGGUCGGGACCCCAGCCGACCUGGGCGGCGACACAAGGCGUGGUAGCUGCCGGGCAGAGCCAGGAUGGAGGACUGAUCUCUCAGGCGGACGGAUCCACGGCGAACACAGGACAAACGCUGUUCAAUGUGUCACAGCCACCGCCGAACAUGAAUCAACCUCGACCAAACCUGGGACAGUUUACGCCCGGUGCGGGUCAGCCUCCUCCCAACGUGGGGCAGCCACCUCCCAACAUGGCUCAGCCUCCUCCAAACAUGGUGCAGCCUCCUCUCAUCGUAAAUCAUCCACCUCCCCAUAUGGCGCAGCCUCCUCCCAACGUGGGGCAGCCACCUCCCAACAUGGCGCAGCCUCCCCCAAACAUGGCACAGCCCCCUUCAAGCACAUCCCAUCCUCCCAACAUGACUCAUCUUCCUCCCAACACUGCCUACCCUCCUAUCAGCACAUCCCGCCCUCCGCCGGACCGUGACCAUCAGCCGGCAGUGCGCUCCUCCGCUGCGGGCCGGCCAGUGCGCGCUCCCAGCUACCGGGCUCGUCAGGCAGCCGCUGCCGAUCUCACAGACCCCGACUGCGUCCCGCCGGGGGAGGCAGAGUCGGCCGGCCGCGGCGCUGGCACGGAGGUGGCGCCCCCCGCUACCGCAGAGUACUUUGGCGGCACGAGGCGCGGAAGGAGGCAGCCGGCCCCAGCGCGACCUGAUGUUGGGAGUGCUUUAGAAGCCGGGCUAGCCCUACUCAGUCAGGAUACAGAGCAGAAAGACAGUAAGACGUUCGACUUGUAGCCAAAGGCCGAUCGGCGGCCCGCGAACCGAAGGGCGGGCAAAAACGUGGCAUGUGCUGGUGUAAUUGUUUUGACUGUAUCGCAUGUUGCGCUUGCAAAGGUGAAACUGCUGUCUGUUAUUUGUCGCCUGCUGUAGAUUGUGUUAACACGUUGAUGAAAGUGUA